UGCGCAAGACCUAAUGGGUGCCGGGACGCGGAAGCACUGGCCCUGCCGAAGCUCCCGCUUCGGAAGCGUGGGAGGCGGAAGAGAAAUCAGGUUGUAGAUUUUGGUCUUGGCCCCAGUAGCUACCCCUGGGCCAUUAUAAUCCGAGAGAGGAAAAGGAGGCACCCGGGGUUGAGGCGCCCGAGGGGCGAAUCCCUCCCCCGCACCUGUCCUCGAGGCUGAAGGGGGGUAGGGACGGAGGAAGCAUCUAUCCCGGGACUGAGAAGCCCCUGGGACCGGGUCCCUGAGCAUGGAGAACUGCACCAGGUCCCUGAGCAUGGGGAUCUGGUGCUCCCGAGGACUCCUGGCCGGGCCCUGCCCGGCUGUCAGGUCCUCGGUGCUAGCGUUGCCUGGGCUGCCGCGGCGUGUGUAAAUCAAACCGGACGCCGCCUGAAGUCCUCACACAGCGGGGAAAAAACAGCAUGCAUUCUGCCACUGCCUAGUUUCCUCCCUUCUCGUCUUCUCCCUCUGCCUUCCUCCCUUUCUUCCCCACUUUUCGCCCUUCUUUGCCGCUCCUGCACUCCUCAAGCCGCUGUCCACCUUUCCUCUUUUUCUUUUCCCUUUUGCCCUCCGCCUUUCAUCCUCCCUGCCUUCUUACUUGUUCAUCUCUCUCCUCCCUUUGUCGUAUCCCUCCCUCCAUCCUGUCUUCUUUCAUUUCUCUUCUUUUCUCCACGGUCUUCCCUCAUUGCCCGUCACCUUCCACCCAAUCUCCAUCCCACGCAACAACCCUCUUCUCCUCCUAAGCAUCUUCGCUCCCUCCUCCUCCUCUUCCUCUUUUACUUUCUCCGCCCCUAGCCCCCGCCCCCCAAGCCUCCGCCCCUCAGCCCCCGCCCCCAGCUGCCAGUCCCUAGCAGCGCAGUCCUGCAGUGAGUCUUCGGAGUCCAAAGCUAAGCACCAGGAGCUGAGCUGUAACCCGCUGUGCCUGCCUACAAGUCUCCGACAUGGCUCAGGAGAAAAUGGAGCUGGACUUUGAGCCUGACACAUCUGAUGGGGGCACCCUGAGGAGAUCCAACAGUGCUCCCCUGAUCCAUGGGCUCAGUGACCUUUCACAGGUUUUUGAACCUUACACUUUUAGAGGUCGGAGAAAUAGUACAGCAUUUAUGAACUACCACAGCUUGUUGUUGCUGUCAUCCUCACCUAAUCGUAUUCAUAAUAGCAGACUGCAUCAAAUCAAAAGGGAGGAAGGCAUGGGCAUGAUGAACAGAGAAACUGAACAUGAAAGGGAAGUGCAAGCAGCAAUGCAGAUAAGCCAGUCAUGGGAUGAGAGCUUGAGCCUGAGUGACAGUGAUUUUGAGAAGCCAGAGAAAUUAUACUCUCCAAAGAGAAUUGACUUCAUUCCAGUUUCUCCAGCACCUUCACCUACCCGAGGAUUUGGGAAACAAUGCUUUUCACCAUCCUUACAAAUGUUUGUGAGUAGCAGCGGGAUGCCACCAAGUCCCAUUCCUAGUCCAAGACGAUUCUCCAGCAGGCGGAGCCAGAGUCCAGUUAAGUGCAUCAGGCCCAGUGUUCUUGGUCCUCUGAAGAGAAAAGGUGAAAUGGAGACAGAGAGCCAGCCCAAGAGAAUCUUCCAAGGCACUACCCAUGUGCUACCUUCGGAUGCUACGAAAUUUUCUGAUCUCAGUUCAUGUUCUGAUAUGUUGGAUGCCAGUAGUAGCAGCAGUGGCUUGUCCUCAGGCUCACAGGCUACAGGCAGCGCUUCCGCAGAGUCUUCAGUAGCAUGCUCCAAUCCAUACUCUUCGUUCACCUUGAUGGAUGAUCUCUCACCCAAGUGACUUAACAAUUUUUGAUUCCGUAUUUUACCUGCUGUUUCCUACACAAGACAUUGAGUGAGGAACACAGGGAACUUUGAUCCAUACUGUGGGUUAAAGUUUCACAUUUCCACCAUUCUGGUGUUACUUGUUUUGGCAUCUCUAAAGUUCCAUUUUGCAAAUGUAGUGAUCUUACUAAUACCUGUGUUUUACUGAUCUCACUUUGGAUAUGGUAACUAAAUCUCAGAUGCUCAUUUUUUAUUGUUUAGAGGAUAUGUUUUUCUUAGUGCCUUGCCUAUUUUCAAGUGUAAACUUUUUGAAGAAGGCACUGAUGUGUAUUCUAUGCCAUGGUUUUCUUCCCCAGCAGUGAUAUGACAAAGUUGGUCAGAAAUUCUCUUGCUUGAGAGAUUUUUUUUGUUCUAUGUUGACUACAUAGUUUCCAGUCUCAUUGUUUCACAGUAAAACGUAAAUUGCUUUGAUUAUGUAAGUUUUUUUUUUUUUCCCCAUACAUCAGCUUCAAGUACAUUAUUUUGUUUCCCUUUCCUGUUUGAGCUGCUUACUUGCCAUUUCUCACUGAGGUGAAAAAGCACGUAGUUGCUUUCAUUACUACCUUUGUUGCUUACUUGUGUUGGAAUGUAUGAGGUGAGGACUGAUUUUCUGUGGAGAAUGCAAAUGGAUUUAUGGGACGCCUGUUUGUCAUCCCAUCUUUUCAUGACUUUGCCACCCCAGUUGUUAUUUCUCCCCACAAAUCUGUUGCACUAAGGAAUAUAUAUACUAUUGUUGGUAUUUCUAGGUGGUGUUAUCAAGGAGAAGAAAUCCCUGCCUUGACCAGAUGUGUGGAGCAUCUACAAAUGAAUGAAUAAUGUUAUUUACACACAAAUCACUGUACAAAAGCAUCCUCGGAGCCGUCUGAGUAUCGGGUGGUAUAGUGAGGCCUUUAGGUGCCUCGGGGUGUGUGGUUGUGCCGUCCAGGAUGUAUAUCCUGAAGUAGGGUAGAAAACGGGAUCUUUGUGGGUGUGUGAUUGCUACAUACUGCUUCAGCUGCUGCUUUUUCUGAUUUAUUUUUGUCAGUUGGAUUUGUUUGUUUUAUCGUGCUUGUUGGUGUUUUGGUUAUCAUGUUGCCACCAGAUGGGAAGCCAGUUCUCAUUAUUACCACGUUUUAGUAAGGGCAGUUUAAUAUUUGCAAACAUGCUUUUGGGAGCUAAAAAUGUCAUUGUUGUUCUGUAUUCUGUUUUUAAGAAACUGUUUGAUUGGUAAACAGUAUACAUGCUAAUAAGUAUAAGGUGUGCCAUAAAUUUUUCAGAUUUUAAAAGAAAAUUCUGAUUGAGCUAUUUAAGAAAGCUCAGCGUACUCUGUUGUCAUUCGUUAUUUAUUGCACUGUAUAAAGUGUCUGUUGUGAUAGACUUCUUAAGGUUCACCUAUCGUGGAUGGAUUGUCUGUGUUUAAUGUGCACAUUAAUCCAUUUUUAAGUGAAUGUAAGAAAAUGAAAACUACUGCAUUUGUGUCUUUGAAGGCAAAGGCCCUUGGAUUUUAAAGGAAAAUGAUGUGCUUUGAAGGCACUCACACACUCUGGCUGGAAGGGAAAGCCAUUCUCUUUCAAUUAUUACAGAGCAUCACUUAGCUCACAGUAGUUCUGUCACAGCAUCAGACAUGGCCUUUAUUUUCACUUGUUAUCAUAGCCAUAACAGCCAUUAGUGGCUUUAAUUCUCAUAUUGCUUUCACCUGGGCAAUUUCUGCAAGUCUUUAAGCCUAACACAUCUAUUAUGAAGAUUGUCCUUUACUAUGCCAUUUUAAAGAAAAAUUUCCUCCAUACUAUUUAGUGUAUUUAUUCUGUUUGUCAGAGAGCCAUUUUAAGAUAUGUCUCCCCUGUAAUGAUGAUAGGUGGUUUUGUCUUUCAGGAAAUUUAUCCACCUUCACUCUGAACUCUUCUUUGCCUUAAAGGGACACUUUUGGGCUCUAAUGUGGGUCUAUUAAGAAAUUACCUUAUUCAUGUGGUGAAUUUACAGUUUUAAACUAAUUCACUGUGGGGAGAAGACUAUGGAAGAGAUUAAAAAUUUUCUGAUGAUAUGAGAACUAGACUAGAUUAUUCACCUUAUUGUUUAAACAAAGGUCUUUUUGAGUUUUUAUUGUUCAAAUAGACUGGAUAGCUAAUUUUAUGCAGGGAUUGUUUUGAAAUAAACAAGAGAGGGAAAUGGUAACCCACAGAUUAGCUUUAUUGAUAGCACUGCUUUAUUUUUAUAUAAAAUCUAAUAUUUGAAGUGAUCAUUGUUAUACAGUCAGAUUCUUUCUUCUAAUAUAUAUUUCAGGCUUCUAUUUGAAAAGCAUAAGAGAUGAUACUUUAAGAGAAUCCUAUAUAUACUUUUUUGCUUCACUGACUUAUAUAAUCAUUGUAUUUCAUAACUAUUUUGGGGAUAAUAGUUUUGUGAAAUGCUGGCCUUGUGUAUAUCUUAGUAUGCAAAUUUAAUAAAGUA